UCUUUUGUGGGCUUGACAAGCGACUAAGGCAGGCUUGGGCAGGGGAGCUAACAGGCUAAGAGGCUAACAGGCGCUGUUACAAUCUAAAGUUUCUCGUGAUUAGCAGGUGAACCUUCACGGCUUCAUGGUUUCUUUCCAUCUCAACACUUGUGUGUGGAAAUAGGUAAAGCGGCACACUCCUCAGACAGGAGGACAUCCACAGGAACAGAGACAGAAGGAGACACAGAGAGAGGUUGCCCCUCUUAUAGAAGAUGUCCACAAUGGUGUAUCCUCGUGAAGAGAAGCUGGAGAAGCUAACGCAGGAGGAAAUCAUCUCAAACACCAAGUUGGUGAUCCAGGGCCUGGAGGCACUGAAGAGCGAGCACAACUCUAUCCUGCACAGCCUGCUAGAGACCAUCAAGUGCCUAAAAAAAGAUGAGGAGGCCAACCUUGUGCAUGAGAAGUCCAACUUGCUCCGCAAAUCUGUGGAGAUGAUUGAGCUGGGCCUGGGGGAGGCGCAGGUGAUGAUGGCUCUGUCUAACCACCUUAAUGCCGUGGAGUCGGAGAAGCAGAAGUUGCGUGCGCAGGUGCGGCGUCUUUGCCAGGAGAACCAGUGGCUGCGGGACGAGUUGGCCAACACGCAGCAGAAACUGCAGAAGAGUGAACAGAGCGUCGCCCAGCUGGAGGAGGAGAAGAAGCACCUGGAGUUCAUGAAUCAGCUUAAAAAGUAUGACGAAGAUGUUUCACCCUCGGAGGAAAAAGAUGGUGAACCACCCAAAGACUCUCUGGAUGAUCUUUUCCCUAACGAUGAGGAGGAACAUGGCCAAGGAAUGCAACACCAGCACAACAGUGCAGCCGUGGCAGCAGCGCAGCAGGGAGGAUACGAGAUCCCAGCCCGUCUCCGAACCCUCCACAACCUUGUGAUCCAGUACGCCUCUCAGGGUAGAUAUGAGGUGGCGGUCCCACUGUGCAAACAGGCUCUGGAGGACCUGGAGAAAACCUCAGGACACGAUCAUCCUGAUGUUGCCACCAUGCUUAACAUCCUCGCCCUGGUGUACAGGGAUCAGAACAAAUAUAAAGAGGCAGCACACCUGCUCAAUGAUGCUCUGUCCAUCAGGGAGAAAACUCUCGGCAAAGAUCAUCCUGCUGUGGCUGCCACCCUGAAUAAUCUGGCUGUGCUGUACGGGAAGAGGGGCAAAUAUAAGGAAGCCGAACCAUUGUGUAAGAGAGCCUUGGAGAUCAGAGAGACGGUGCUUGGAAAAGACCAUCCAGAUGUGGCUAAGCAGCUGAACAACCUGGCCUUGCUGUGUCAGAACCAGGGCAAGUACGAGGAGGUGGAGUACUACUACUGCAGAGCUUUGGAGAUCUAUGAGUGCAGGCUGGGCCCCGAUGACCCUAAUGUUGCCAAGACCAAGAACAAUCUGGCUUCAUGCUAUCUCAAACAAAGCAAAUACAAGGAGGCAGAAAUUCUUUACAAAGAGAUUCUCACCCGUGCCCAUGAGAAGGAGUUUGGAUCAGUUGAUGCUUCGAACAAGCCUAUCUGGAUGCACGCUGAGGAGAGGGAGGAGAUGAGCAAAGGCAAGCACAGAGACAACACCCCAUAUGGAGAGUAUGGCGGCUGGUACAAGGCCUGCAAAGUCAACAGUCCGACUGUUAACACCACUCUGAGGAAUCUGGGUGCGCUGUACCGCCGGCAAGGCAAGAUGGAGGCUGCAGAGACUCUGGAGGAGUGUGCUAUGAGAUCCCGCAAGCAGGGGAUCGAUCCCAUCAACCAGACCCGUGUGGUUGAAAUUCUGAAAGAGGGCGAUGGGGACAGGAGGAGGAGCAGGGACAGCAUGUCCAGCGUUAAGUUCGAUAACAGCUCAGAGGCUGGAGAGGAAGUGAGUAUGGGCAUAGAGUGGACUGGGGAUGGUAGUGGGGCUCUGCACAGGGGUGGCUCUCUGGGAAAGAUUAGAGAUGUGCUGCGCAGAAGCAGUGAAAUGCUGGUGAAGAAACUGCAAGGAAAUGGACCUCCAGAGCCGCGCUCGACCUCUAAUAUGAAGCGUGCUGCCUCCCUCAACUACCUGAACAGGACAAAUGAUGAUCCCUUCCAGUAUCAGACCCUUGGGAUAAACAGGUUGAGGCAGAGCCGCGGCUUGAGCUCCAGUAAUUUGGAUCUGUACAGUGGAAAUUGAAAAAAAAAUGCAUCUACAACACCAACUAUGACCUUACCAUGCUGUUCCUACUUCAUGACCCAGAUGCUCCUCUUUUAAUACCAGCCACACCUGACAAGAGCUCAGCUAUGCACAAAUGUGGUCCUGAAAUAAAUUAGCCCAUUCUCUUGCAGAGUUUGUAUUGUUACACCAAUCCCCAACUCUUACUAAUGCAAAAUACAGUUUAGAAAUUUGUUACAGUUUGUUAGAAGUUUUUUUUCUCUCCUUACUUUCUUUUACUACACUUUCUCACUGUUCCCCUCGCAGCUACAGUAUGUUACAGGGUAUUUGUGUCUUGGGUUAAUCUGUCGACUACCUUUUUAGCCAGGAAACAUAUCCUAGAUGGUGCCAUAUUAGUUUAUCUAAUUCUUAGUUAGCAACUUUGAGAGGAAAAAAACAAAACAUUUUUCUAUUGUUAAAUUUACUGGGGUCAUGUAGCAGAACUAUUCAUGCAUUUUAGAUUUGUAUAAAUGUUAAUUUGAAACUUGUUGGUAUGUUUAUUUUUAACAUGAAAAAUGUCAGACUUUGUAAAUACUUUUUACUUUCUGGGGGCUGAAAUGAGAAAUGUAUCAUGUUGGUUCUGUACUGUUACUGUAUGUACACUUUCAUCUCCUGCAGAGACGAUUUCUAUAUUGCUAUAAGCUACUGUAGGAAAUGGGAUAUCAGAAAACCGUCGAAAGAAAUGUCCUAAAAUAUGGAAUAUUGGUUACUGACGUGCAUUAUCUUUGUAGUUUUAAGAUUUGAGCAAAAAACAAACCCUGACCCAACAGCAAUGUACGAGUCAAAAAUUAUCCACACUUUGCUUACAUUAAAACAUCUGUUGUGCUAUUAGUGCUUUCCGUUCAAGGCUACCAUCUUCCCAGUCACUGCAGUGCAGGUGUGAACAUGUUAAGUUGGAUCAUUUGUAACUGCUGUGUGAGCAACAAUGGAUGCUCCACUGGUGCCGUUAUUUACAGUAUCGAAGACUUCGUAUGCAGUGUUUUGUUGUGAAGAAGCGUGUAUAAAUAGAUAGAGAAGUUUGAGUACAGUCGUAUAUGUGUUGGCCAUCAACAAGGACCCAGGCGCCCAUCUACAUACAUGGCUGAUGACAGCAUUGCAUAUGGUCCUGAUCUUGUUCCAUCAGACUUGAUCCCCUGAAAGCAGCCCUACGAGAACAAAAAUUCACUUCUGAUGAAGAAGUGAAGACUGCAGUGCAUUCGUGGCUCGCAUCUCAGACUAAAUUGUAUUUUAACGAGAGAAUACGAAAGCUUGUUGUCAGACAGACAGAGUGUAUUGAAAAGCAAGGAUAAAAAAAUAUGUAUUUGUAAUUAUUUUCUAAAAGUUAAUGCAAAUAACUUCUACAGCCAGAGUGCGGAUAAUUUUUGACUCAAACCCUUAUACAACAUGGCACUACAUGUCUUUAAAACACUAACUACAAUUCCGUAAAGGUUUGUUUUAUGUGCGGUCUUACUGUACACUGCUUCUUAAAAGUGAAAAAUGUGUCUUUUAAUUAUAUAAUGUUAAUGUCUGUUACUCCUGGGCUUUACUGUAAACGUUAACAUGAUGGUGGAAUGUUUUUUUUUUUUCUUCUUCUUCUUUUUUUUUUUUUUUAUUCUGAGUGCUAUUUUAUUUAAAAGAACAUGUUUGCACAUAACCGGAGCUUUCUUUUAGCUUGAUCCUUCCACUGUUUUGUGUUACUGAAACCUGCGCUGUAAUAUUUUCACUAUAGUGAAAUUUGGUAUGAACUAGGUUAACUGGGAAACCAGUGAUUUUAUAAUGAUUUGCCAAUUAAGCACACAGUUUGUUGAAUGUGGGCGGUAUGGGAGUUUCUCAGGUAAUGCCAAAUUUUUAAAAUGUUUAUGUAAUGAAUAUGAAACGCUUCAAUUAUGUUUAAAUGUAAACAUUGUAAUAUUCUAUAUAAAAAUGCAUUGUUGCGGUAAAAGUAAAAAAAAUCUGAUUGUCAGUUGUUUAAAUCACGGUCAUAUUGGUAUUAACUGUGAGUUACAUUUGUGUAUGAUGAUAUAGUUUUUUUUUAAUGAUGCAUGUAGUAUAUUUCUUCAAAAAAAAAAAACAAAGACCAAAAGCUAAUGUAAGAAGGAUUUUUUAAAAUUGUUACACAAGGCAGUGUAUUUAAAUGUUUUAUAAGCCCUGAAGACUUUUAUUGGUAGACGAUAUGUGAUGUGAUGUGAUGUGAUGGUGAUGGGAAAAGGUCAAUAUGGAUUCUAAAGAGCGCUCUGCAUGACUUCAGCUUAACUGUAAAAUGCUUUCCUUUAAACUCCACAGGUAUUGGGAACAAUAGCUAUAGAAGCCCUGCUGAUGGGUAAAACUGCCAUCUGUAUGAUUUCUAUCCUCAUAUUCUGUGAUGUCAGAGGUGAAAAUAAAUCUUUCAGUCUUC